AUGCUAUCCAGUGGACAGCUGGAAUUGAAGGAGAUCGGCUCAGCCCGUUCUCCACAUGUAGAAGAGAGAAAUGGUUCUCUUGACCCCGACUUGUCCGACGAUGUCAAGGCAGGCUUCACCGUGAACGAUCAGCGGGAUAUGCAGCGCAUGGGCAAGAAGCAGGAGUUACGGAGGAACUUUCGCAUGGCCAGCACCAUCGGUUUCACGACUUGCGUCAUGGGCACCUGGGAGAUCCUAUUGACCUCCAACACUCCCGGUCUGACAGCCGGCGGACGACCUGCUCUGUUCUGGUCCUUAGUAUGGGCCUACUGCGGGCAGCUCUUCAUCGUGCUCUCCAUGGCGGAGAUGUCUUCCAUGGCACCCACCGCGGGUGGACAGUACCAUUGGGUUUCGGAAUUCGCUCCUCGGGCCUACCAGAAAUUCCUCAGUUAUGCCUCCGGAUGGCUCUCAACGAUAUCCUGGCAGAGCAUCGUCGCCCUUGAUGCUUACCUGGCUGGAACGAUCGUGCAAGGCCUCAUCUCACUGAAUGACGACACGUACUUUCCAGCACGCUGGCAGGGAACGUUGCUUGUCUUUGCUGCCGCAAUCGGCAUGUCGUUGUUCAACAUCUUCGGUGCGAAGCAUCUGCCAUUGGCGGAAGGGAUCUUCGUUACCUGUCAUUUCUUUGCUUUUAUCCCAGUGAUCGUCACCCUGCUCGUCCUCGCCCCGAAGGCCAAGGCAGAAGAUGUCUUCACUGGGUUUACAGAUUAUGGGUCCGGAUGGCCAUCCGUCUCAUGGACGGUCAUGGUCGGCCAGGUAUCUUGCAUGUUUGUUGUGCUGGGGUCUGACUCUGUCGCACACAUGUCGGAAGAGAUUGAAAAUGCCAGCGUCAUCGUUCCCAAGUCGAUGAUCUGGGCGUUCCUCUUGAACAUCCCUUUCGCGUUUGGCCUGCUCGUCACAUACCUGUUCUGUAUGCCCGACGUGCAAAGUGCUCUCGACUCUCCCACGGGUUUCCCUUUUAUCUAUGUCUUCCGCCAGGCGAUUGAUAAUACCGCCGGUGCUACGAUACUUGUUGUGAUUGUCCUUGUCUUGAUUGUCAUGAUCACGAUUAGCUCGCUGGCAUCGGCUUCGCGUCAGACAUUUGCCUUUGCCCGCGAUAACGGCCUGCCGUUUUCAAACUGGCUAGGAGAGGUCCACCCACGACUACAUAUCCCGGUCAACUCUAUCAUUGUCACCUGUCUCUUCUCCAUGGCAAUGUCUCUCAUCAACAUCGGCUCAACCGUCGCCUUCAAUGCCAUGCUCUCUCUAUCGACCACCGCGCUGAUGGCGACCUAUCUCAUCUCUAUCGGUUGUAUUAUUGCUCGUCGCAUCUCCCGUGAUCCACCGCUUCCACCAUCCCGAUGGACGCUGGGACGUUUUGGUAUGCCCGUCAAUAUCCUGGCCAUGGUGUAUGCCAGCUGGUCUUUCUUCUGGAGUUUCUGGCCUAACGCGUACGAUGUCAAUGCUGAAAACUUCAACUGGGCGUCGGUGUUGUUCGUGGGGUUGAUGGGCAUCUCGACAAUUGUAUAUUGGACAUAUGCAAGGAAGUACUAUGAUGGGCCGGUGGUCAAGGUGGAGGGAAGGAAGUUCCAGUAG